GUAGUUAGGCCUACUUAGCAAUGGCACGGACAAAGCAGACAGCUCGCAAGUCCACCGGCGGCAAAGCGCCGCGCAAGCAGCUGGCCACCAAGGCGGCUCGCAAGAGUGCUCCGGCCACCGGUGGAGUCAAGAAGCCCCAUCGCUACCGCCCCGGCACCGUGGCUCUGCGCGAGAUCCGCCGCUACCAGAAGUCCACUGAGCUGCUAAUCCGGAAGCUACCUUUUCAGCGCUUGGUACGCGAGAUCGCACAGGACUUUAAGACCGACCUGCGCUUCCAGAGCUCGGCAGUGAUGGCGCUGCAAGAGGCUUGCGAGGCCUACCUGGUGGGGCUAUUUGAGGACACCAACCUGUGCGCCAUUCACGCCAAGCGCGUCACUAUUAUGCCCAAAGACAUCCAGCUUGCGCGCCGCAUCCGAGGGGAGAGGGCAGUAGUUGGAUUCUUAAGUCAAAGCGACUUGAAUUACUGGUGCUGCAAUGCAGAAGAAAUCACUCUGACCGUGGAACUUUUCCAAGCUGCAAAAUCCCAUUCUCAGUUUCUUGCCACCAUGUCGGAAACCGCUCCUGCCGAAACAGCCACCCCAGCGCCUGUGGAGAAGUCCCCCGCUAAGAAGAAGGCAACUAAGAAGGCGGCCGGCGCUGGCGCGGCUAAGCGCAAAGCGACUGGGCCCCCAGUCUCAGAGCUGAUCACCAAGGCUGUGGCUGCUUCUAAGGAGCGCAAUGGCCUUUCUUUGGCAGCCCUUAAGAAGGCCUUAGCGGCCGGUGGCUACGACGUGGAGAAGAAUAACAGCCGCAUCAAGCUGGGCCUCAAGAGCUUGGUGAGCAAGGGCACCCUGGUGCAGACCAAGGGCACUGGUGCUUCUGGCUCCUUUAAACUCAACAAGAAGGCGGCCUCCGGGGAAGCUAAGCCCAAAGCCAAGAAGGCAGGCGCCGCUAAAGCUAAGAAGCCCGCGGGGGCCACGCCUAAGAAGCCCAAGAAGGCUGCAGGGGCGAAAAAGGCAGUGAAGAAGACUCCGAAGAAGGCGAAGAAACCCGCGGCGGCUGGCGUCAAAAAAGUGGCGAAGAGCCCUAAGAAGGCCAAGGCCGCGGCCAAACCGAAAAAGGCAACCAAGAGUCCUGCCAAGCCCAAGGCAGUUAAGCCGAAAGCGGCAAAGCCCAAAGCCGCUAAGCCCAAAGCAGCAAAACCUAAAGCUGCAAAGGCCAAGAAGGCGGCUGCCAAAAAGAAUUUUGUUCCAUCAUCAGUACGUGGUUUCUCCGCGUUUAAGCCACUUAGGCGCCAGCUACUUCGGCGUUACUGUCACGGCCUGAAUGUUGGGCAGGACACCACCCUGAGCGAUGGUCACUUUGCCCAGCAGCUUGUUGAGCUCCUCGUCGUUACGGAUGGCCAGCUGCAGGUGACGCGGGAUAAUACGGGUCUUCUUGUUGUCGCGGGCGGCGUUGCCCGCCAGCUCCAGGAUCUCGGCGGUCAGGUACUCCAGCACCGCCGCAAGAUACACCGGGGCGCCGGCCCCGACACGCUCAGCAUAGUUGCCCUUGCGGAGCAGCCGGUGCACUCUGCCCACGGGAAACUGGAGACCAGCCCGAGAAGAGCGGGUCUUGGCCUUGGCGCGAGCUUUGCCUCCCUGCUUGCCGCGUCCCGACAUGACGAAGAAACGAUCGACAAGAAGCGAAAGCGCAGCCGCAAGGAGAGCUGCACCGUGUACUUGCACAAGGUGCUGAAGCAGGUCCACCAACACUGGCAUCUCUUCCAAAGCAAUGGGGAUCUUGAACACCUUCGUUAUGACAUCUUCGAGCGUUGCGCUGGCGAGGCUUCCCGCCUGGGGCAUUACAAGCGUUCGACCAUCACCUCCAGGGAGAUCCAGACGGCUGUUCUCCUGUCACGCACGCGGUGUCCGAGAGCACCAAGGCCGUCACCAAGUACACGAGCUCCAAGUCAGCUCCUCUCUGAACACUCACCAGAGAAAACGGUGGUCAAGUUACAAACUGCCCGCGCAGCGUCGGGAUUGGCCAUCGACAUCAACUCGGCCCGAUUGACGUGUUUGUCUGAUGAUAAACCUGAUCCUUCUUCAGAUAAAAAAUUGUCUCAAGCGUUGCUGCAACAUGCACUCCCCGGGGAGAAGCAGGCGCACAGCCGUCUGGAUCUCCCUGGAGGUGAUGGUCGAGCGCUUGUUGUAAUGCGCCAGGCGGGAAGCCUCACCCGCGAUGCGCUCGAAGAUGUCAUUGACGAAGGAAUUCAUGAUUCCCAUGGCCUUGGACGAGAUGCCGGUGUCGGGGUGGACCUGCUUCAGAACCUUGUACACGGCGGCAAAACUCGCGCCAAAGCUAAGACCCGCUCUUCUAGGGCGGGUCUUCAGUUCCCCGUGGGCCGAGUGCACCGACUGCUCCGCAAGGGCAACUAUGCCGAGCGGGUAGGUGCCGGCGCGCCUGUGUACCUGGCGGCGGUGCUGGAGUACCUGACCGCCGAGAUCCUGGAGCUGGCUGGGAACGCGGCCCGAGACAACAAGAAAACCCGCAUCAUCCCGCGCCACCUGCAGCUGGCCAUCCGCAACGACGAGGAGCUCAACAAGCUGCUUGGUAAAGUGACCAUCGCCCAGGGUGGUGUUCUGCCCAACAUCCAGGCCUUUAUACUUCAUAAGACCAUGGAAGCAGAAUUUGGGUAUCUGACCCUUCUGCAGAAUUUAGGACCCCACGGGCGGGACUUCCCGCCGACUUCUUUCAGGUUCUCAGUUCGGUCCGCCAACUGUCUUAUAAAGGCGCUGCCUCAGGCCAGAGUCCUCACAAGGCGUUGUGUACGACUCGUCUUGCUCAUCAUGUCUGGCCGCGGCAAAGGCGGGAAGGGUCUUGGCAAAGGCGGCGCUAAGCGCCACCGCAAGGUGCUGCGUGACAACAUCCAGGGCAUCACCAAGCCGGCCAUCCGGCGCCUUGCCCGCCGCGGCGGCGUGAAGCGCAUCUCUGGCCUCAUCUACGAGGAGACCCGUGGGGUGCUGAAAGUCUUCCUGGAGAACGUGAUCCGGGACGCUGUGACCUACACGGAGCAUGCCAAGCGCAAGACGGUCACCGCCAUGGAUGUGGUUUACGCGCUGAAGCGCCAGGGUCGCACCCUCUACGGUUUCGGCGCCACCGAAACCGUAGAGGGUGCGACCCUGGCGCUUCAGCGCGUAAACCACAUCCAUGGCGGUGACCGUCUUGCGCUUGGCAUGCUCCGUGUAGGUCACAGCGUCCCGGAUCACGUUCUCCAGGAAGACUUUCAGCACCCCACGGGUCUCCUCGUAGAUGAGGCCAGAGAUGCGCUUCACGCCGCCGCGGCGGGCAAGGCGCCGGAUGGCCGGCUUGGUGAUGCCCUGGAUGUUGUCACGCAGCACCUUGCGGUGGCGCUUAGCGCCGCCUUUGCCAAGACCCUUCCCGCCUUUGCCGCGACCAGACAUGAUAAGCAAGACGAGUCAUACAGGCCUUUUGCCAUGUCUGGGCGUGGUAAGCAGGGAGGCAAAGCUCGCGCCAAGGCCAAGACCCGCUCUUCUCGGGCCGGGCUUCAGUUUCCCGUGGGCCGAGUGCACCGCCUGCUCCGCAAGGGCAACUAUGCCGAGCGGGUCGGGGCUGGGGCACCGGUGUACCUGGCUGCGGUGCUGGAGUACCUGACCGCCGAGAUCCUGGAGCUGGCUGGCAACGCGGCCCGCGACAACAAGAAGACUCGCAUCAUCCCGCGUCACCUCCAGCUGGCCAUCCGCAACGACGAGGAGCUCAACAAACUGCUGGGCAAAGUCACCAUCGCACAGGGUGGUGUUCUGCCCAACAUCCAGGCCGUGCUGCUGCCAAAGAAGACCGAGAGCCACCACAAGGCGAAGGGCAAAUUGUUGGAAGCAAACAUGACUGCUUUGGGGCCAAAUGCAUUCUUGGUCUUGACUCUCACUAUAAAGAAGCGGCUAGCUUUCUCUUUGCCCUUAACUGCAUCUAGUUCUGAAAGAAUGGCGCGUACGAAGCAGACUGCUCGUAAGUCCACCGGCGGCAAGGCUCCGCGCAAGCAGCUGGCUACGAAAGCGGCUCGGAAGAGCGCUCCGGCCACCGGCGGCGUCAAGAAGCCCCAUCGCUACCGGCCUGGUACAGUGGCUCUCCGCGAGAUCCGCCGCUACCAGAAGUCCACCGAGCUGCUGAUCAGAAAGUUGCCUUUUCAGCGUCUGGUGCGAGAGAUCGCGCAGGACUUUAAGACCGACCUGCGCUUUCAGAGCUCGGCGGUGAUGGCGCUGCAAGAGGCAUGCGAGGCCUACCUGGUGGGGCUCUUUGAGGACACCAACCUGUGCGCCAUCCACGCCAAGAGGGUGACUAUCAUGCCCAAGGAUAUCCAGCUCGCACGUCGUAUCCGCGGCGAAAGGGCUUGAGUCUCAAGGACUCAGAUUAUAUACCCAAAGGCUCUUUUCAGAGCCACCCACUUGGGCGCUGAAAAGAUCUGUUUCUCUGAGGAAUUCUUCCUGGUACUUUGUUUUGCCUAUAGCAGAUAGGGUCCAUUUCCAGACGUUAUACAAUCUGUUUUGGAAGGUUCAGCCUAUCCCUGUUAAAAUGUUAGUUUUGUAAAUCUUAACAUUUAAUAAUCUGGGAGCUUUCCGCAAGCAUUGGGUGUAGCCAAAAGUUCCUUUGUGUGUUACCCGCCCAUCUCCGCAGCCCAGUUUUGACCGUAUGGUGGUUCUAAUUUUCUGCCAACCUAUACUGUAGUGUGUAUAUUCCUUGCCAACACGCCAAGAAUAAAACUAAGGUUGAAUUGAAGUUGGAAAAAUUCAGGGUAAUGUAGCUCAUGCUGGCUAAAGUGAAAACAUUCCCCUCCCCCGCCCCCCGUUUCCUAAGCAGUGUUUUUGAAAUUUUCAAGUCGAAUUUUGGGCCUGCUUAAAUCUCUUAAGUGUAGUUAAUGACAGAUGGUUUGGGGAUUAAAAGUCGUCUGGAGAAAGCCCGCCAGAGAAAAUUCCCUUUGAAGCCCCAUAUAAAAAUAUGUGUAUGAGAGAAAGUGUUUUAUCUGACUUCUGACAGUGGCUAAAACUUUGAACUGUCAGGAGUAUCCAAAAUUAAGACUGCCUUGUAGGGAAUUCUGUGGUAAUUUUUUUGAGCACAGGAUAAAAUACUUGAGUCUUACUUAAAUGUUACCUUCUCAUUAAGGCUUUGUAUGACUAAAAUCUGUAUAAUCCCCA